ACGUGUGGCCGCUCUGCUCUUGCAUUUGCCUCCACCGACAGGGGACUGCGGAUCACACGGGGCGGCUAGCAGCGUUACUGGGGGGCAAGAUGGUGAAAAUAACAGUGGUGAAGACCAAGCCGUACACAGACCAGAAGCCUGGCACCAGCGGGCUGAGGAAGAGGGUGACAGUGUUCCAGCAGAACCAGCACUAUGCGGAAAACUUCAUUCAGAGCAUUAUCUCUGUCAUCGAGCCUGCCGAGCGCCAGACGGCCACUCUGGUGGUGGGAGGAGAUGGCAGGUUUUUCAUGAAAGACGCGAUUCAGCUGAUCGUCCAGAUUGCUGCCGCCAACGGGAUCAACCACCUAGUGAUUGGUCAGAAUGGCAUUAUGUCCACCCCAGCAGUCUCCUGUGUGAUCCGCAAGAUCAAGGCGGUGGGUGGUAUCAUCCUCACAGCCAGCCACAACCCAGGCGGCCCCAACGGAGACUUUGGCAUCAAGUACAACAUCUCCAGUGGAGGUCCUGCUCCAGAGGGCAUCACAAACAAAAUCUUUGAGAUCAGCAAAGGCCUGCAGGAAUAUCACAUUUGCCCAGACAUGAAAGUGGACCUCUCCAAGAUCGGCAAGCAGACCUUUGAGGUGGACACCUUCAAGCCCUUCACAGUUGAGAUUGUGGAUUCUGUGGAGGCUUAUGCUGAGAUGCUGAGAGGCAUCUUUGACUUUGCUGCACUGAAGGAGCUUCUCUCUGGAGCCAAGCACAUUAACGUUCGCCUGGAUGCUAUGCAUGGAGUGGUUGGUCCUUAUGUGAAAAAAAUAGUCUGUGAAGAGUUGGGUUCUCCCGCCAACUCAGCCGUCAACUGCGUCCCCCAGGAGGACUUUGGGGGCCACCACCCUGACCCCAACCUCACCUACGCUGCUGACCUGGUCAAUACCAUGAAAGGAGGAGAGUAUGACUUUGGCGCCGCCUUUGAUGGUGAUGGUGAUCGUAACAUGGUGCUGGGUAAACACGGCUUCUUCGUGAACCCCUCAGACUCAGUCGCUGUCAUCGCUGCCAACAUCACCAGCAUCCCUUACUUCAAGAAGACCGGUGUCAAAGGACUGGCUCGCAGUAUGCCCACCAGUGGAGCCCUCGACAAUGUGGCUAAAGCACUGCAGAUGCAGCUGUACGAGACUCCCACCGGCUGGAAGUUCUUUGGAAAUCUGAUGGAUGCUGGCAAACUCUCCCUGUGUGGAGAGGAGAGCUUUGGCACUGGCUCUGAUCACAUCCGUGAGAAAGAUGGCCUGUGGGCAGUGCUUGCAUGGCUGUCAAUCUUGGCCACCAGGAAGCAGAGCGUGGAAGAGAUCAUGAAGGACCACUGGCAGAAGUUUGGCAGGAACUUCUUCACCAGGUAUGAUUAUGAGGAGGUUGACUCAGACGCUGCCAACAAGAUGAUUAAGGAUCUGGAGACUGCCAUGUUCGACCCAUCUUUUAAGGGAAAGAAACUCUCAUCGGGUGAUAAGACAUAUGAGGUCGCUAUUGCUGACAACUUUGCCUACACAGACCCCGUGGACGCAAGCGUGUCCAAGAACCAGGGCCUGAGGAUUAUCUUUUCCGAUGGCUCUAGAAUUAUCUUCCGUCUGAGUGGUACAGGCAGUGCCGGAGCAACCGUCAGGCUCUACAUAGACAGCUAUGAGAAGGACCCCACGAAGAUUUACCAGGACCCACAGGUGAUGCUGGCUCCUCUGGUAGACAUCGCUCUGAAGAUCUCUCAGCUCCAUGAGAAGACUGGACGCACCGGCCCCACUGUUAUCACAUGAUUCCUCUGCCACGCUGCCACUAUUCACUCUCAGCAACAAGAUACCUCCGUCCUCUGUGGGGUGAAGCUGCCCUUAAAUGCUGACUUGGCUUCAGCUCCCUGACCCUGUAACCAGCCGGUUUUUGCCGAAACAACCUUGGAAUGCAUGUUGAAUACAAGAAAACACAUGAAGAGCUCUUGAUUUAUCUGACGUUGAAAGUGAUGCACUUCAAAAACAAAUCCACCUUAAUGAGUCUGUUACUUUUUCUGAAAACCAGUGAGAAAAUCUGUCAGAGGUGGAGUGAGAUAAUUAAUCUUGAUUUUAGUGUGGGGAUUUACAUCAUUUCAAGGUAUCAUCGCUUGUUCAAAAAAGUCAUGAAACUAUAUUAGAAACAAGUGAAAUUUGAAAUCUCAUUGCACUAACAGAUUUUCUUAGUGUGUGUGGAAGGAAAACGUUUAAAAACUGCACUAAACUAGACUAAAUGUUUUUUGCAGUGCGUCUCCAACUGAAGCUAAUUCAGUGCAUGGCAUUUUAAAUCAAGUAUGCCUCAUGUGAUAUCUGAAACCAUAUUCAAAUAUGCUAUUGUCCAGUUCUGCUCUUAAACUCUGCUUUUAAGUGGAAAAACUGCCAUACUGACCACAGAUCAGCAACUAGGGACAGCUUCACCCCGUCCUCUCUGUUUCACUUGUCCUGGACUGACCUGGUGCCUUUCCUUCCUCUGCCCUCCAAAAACAACAAAAUCGACUCAAAGCCUGUAUCACGAAACCACACCUAAAGCCUUGAUAACUAACACAACCACCAUGAAUAAAACAACUAUAUGUAAAGUAA